AUGGGCAAAGUCAAAACUGUUUAUCGUUGUGAACAAUGUGGUACAGACCAUCCAAAAUGGGCAGGUCAAUGUUCAGACUGUGGUGAAUGGAAUUCUCUGACUGAAGUGCGAAUUGAACCUGUCGUAUCACAUCGUGCCAAACCUAUGGGCGGUGGGUAUGCAGGACAAGCAGCCAAUGUCACCUUGCUUAACCAGAUUACCGUGUCCAAUGAAACACGUUUAGCUACGGGUAUUGGUGAAUUUGACCGAGUACUUGGCGGUGGCUUAGUCACAGGUUCUGUCGUCCUGAUCGGGGGUGACCCCGGUAUUGGUAAAUCAACGAUUCUGUUGCAAACCGCAACACAUAUGGCUGCUGCGAAGAAUUCAGCGCUCUAUGUCACAGGGGAAGAAUCACUUUCACAAGUGGCUUUACGUGCCAAUCGCCUCGACUUAGCUACUGAUAAAUUACAAGUCAUGGCAGAAACGUGUGUAGAACGAAUUUGUGAUACCCUCGCACAAUUACGCCCUGCCGUUGCCAUCCUUGACUCAAUCCAAACCUUAUAUACCGAAACCUUACAAUCUGCUCCCGGCGGUGUUUCGCAAAUUCGUGAGUCAGCGGCACUAUUGACUCGAUUUGCAAAAAAUAGUGGUACAGCGUUAUUUCUUGUUGGUCACGUCACCAAAGAAGGUGCCUUGGCAGGUCCGCGUGUGCUUGAGCAUAUGGUCGAUUGCGUACUGUAUUUUGAAGGGCAAUCUGACUCCCGUUACCAUAAGGGCUUAAAAGAAGUCGCCAAUCCAUCUGCCAUCUUUUUAAGUCGUUAUGAUGAAGCGAUUCCCGGUUCAGUGGUGAUGAUCAGUCGUGAAGGUACACGGCCAUUAUUGGUUGAAGUUCAAGCACUGGUUGAUGACGCGCAUGGACAACCGCGUCGGGUCGCACUGGGGUUAGAACAAAACCGCUUAAAUAUGUUGCUUGCGGCUCUGAUCUUGCGGUACUUUUGGCCUGUGCUUCAAGUUUACGCUCUAAAGCUUUACCACAACAAUUGGCUGUAUUUGGUGAAGUGGGAUUAUCGGGUGAAAUACGCCCUGUUCCCAAUGGACAAGAACGCUUAA